AUGGAUGGAAUGCUUGGAUCCAGCUUCGCCAGCCUUACCCAACAGGCACAGUUCCAAACAUACUUCCAAGUCGCGAUCACGGCUGCGGUUCUUUAUGACCACGUCAUAACAUUGGACGUAGAGAAGAAAAAAUGGUCCGCUGUGAAUGUCUUCUUCAUAAUUAAUCGAUACUUAGGCGAAGCCGUUCCCUUAUACUUGGCGAGAGUUUUGAUACUUCGAUUUUCCCCCCAGGACCUUCAACUCAUACAAUUGCUUAGAUGUAAUAUUGCGUCAAAGGUUCAAGGAUGGGGAUCCCAUGUUGUGAUUUGGUCGAUGCAAGCCAUUAUGCUAUAUCGAAUCUGUUGCCUGUACAAGAAUUCAAGAAAGGUAACAAUUUGGAUGUCUAUCCUAUUUGCCCUUGAAAUAAUCUCGAUGGUGGUGACCGACGCGCUUUACUUGCGUGACCUCCCCUCUCAUGGUGGAUCUAAUGCUCCUACUUCCUCGGGCCCUUCCUCUCCAUGUCCUCCAGGCCCUCCUCCUUCAGGCGGUCCUCCAGGUCCUCCUCCUUCAGGCGGUCCUCCAGGUCAUCCUCCCUCAGGCCUCCCUCCCCCUUCUUCCUCGGGUCUUCCUUUUUCUCAAGGAAACAUCCCCGUAUGCCUAGUAUUUUCUCCAAGCUGGUAUUUAAUAUCGUGGACGCCAAUAUUUGUGCUUGAGCUGCUAAUCCUGCUAAUGGGAUUACGAGCUGGCUUAAGCUACUUCAAGGAAACAAGAUCACUCCCCUCAUUAAACAGAUUUCCUUUACAUUCAAUCCUGCUGCGCGACAGUAUUCUGUUUCCCAUGAUGUAAGAAACAUUUCAAUGCGUGCGUCGUGCUCAACCCUCGAAAUAGCGCUUUUUUCGUAGGGAUCUUCAGUAUCAUGGGGUGGGCUCGACCAACGCGUUAUUACAUGCCAGUCGCCAACGGCUUACCCCAAUUAUUCUCGAGAGUUUUAGGCUGCCGCCUGAUUCUUAAUCUUCGAGAGGCGUAUUAUCUUCCUUUCGAAGAAGAAUGUGGGCAGCCUGACAAGCUUCCGACUCUUAUCUUCCAUAACACCGUGACAGAUGACGAGCCCGGAGUGGUGGAUUAACUUUUGGGUGCCUCUGAGAUGCUGCUUGUGCCUGAAAAUUUGUACUUUACUUCGGUGUCGCGGUAUCGAGAUUCAGCUGGAGCCUUGGAGUGCAGAAUUGAGACGUGGAAUAGGACUAAUCGGAAUUGGGACAUCGCGAUCACGGCUGCGGUUCUUUAUGACCACGUCAUAACAUUGGACGUAGAGGUCGAGCUCAUCUGGAAGAAAAAAUGGUCCGCUGUGAAUGUCUUCUUCAUAAUUAAUCGAUACUUAGGCGAAGCCGUUCCCUUAUACUUGGCGAGAGUUUUGAUACUUCGAUUUUCCCCCCAGAAUGUGUCUCAGGAGUGUAAUAUUGCGUCAAAGGUUCAAGGAUGGGGAUCCCAUGUUGUGAUUUGGUCGAUGCAAGCCAUUAUGCUAUAUCGAAUCUGUUGCCUGUACAAGAAUUCAAGAAAGGUAACAAUUUGGAUGUCUAUCCUAUUUGCCCUUGAAAUAAUCUCGAUGGUGGUGACCGACGCGCUUUACUUGCGUGACCUCCCCUUCAUGGUGGAUCUAAUGCUCCUACUUCCUCGGGCCCUUCCUCUCCAUGUCCUCCAGGUCAUCCUCCCUCAGGCCUCCCUCCUGCCUAGUAUUUUCUCCAAGCUGGUAUUUAAUAUCGUGGACGCCAAUAUUUGUGCUUGAGCUGCUAAUCCUGCUAAUGGGAUUACGAGCUGGCUUAAGCUACUUCAAGGAAACAAGAUCACUUCCCUCAUUAAACAGAUUUCCUUUACAUUCAAUCCUGCUGCGCGACAGUAUUCUGUUUCCCAUGAUGUAAGAAACAUUUCAAUGCGUGCGUCGUGCUCAACCCUCGAAAUAGCGCUUUUUUCAUAGGGAUCUUCAGUAUCAUGGGGUGGGCUCAACCAACGCGUUAUUACAUGCCAGUCGCCAACGGCUUACCCCAAUUAUUCUCGAGAGUUUUAGGCUGCCGCCUGAUUCUUAAUCUUCGAGAGGCGUAUUAUCUUCCUUUCGAAGAAGAAUGUGGGCAGCCUGACAAGCUUCCGACUCUUAUCUUCCAUAACACCGUGACAGAUGACGAGCCCGGAGUGGUGGAUUAACUUUUGGGUGCCUCUGAGAUGCUGCUUGUGCCUGAAAAUUUGUACUUUACUUCGGUGUCGCG